GCGCCAAAGACAUAGUAGAAGAAACAAAGCCGGGAAGCAUUGUAUGGGAUAAGAAUUCAUUCAGUUUCUGUUCGCCAAAUUUGUAAAUUGAAAAUAAAGUGGGAUCACAUUACAAGUCACUAGACGUAAUAGUUUUACGAUUAACUCCGACAACGCUGCUGUAAAAUUAAUAUUACACCAUUUCAAAAAAACCGUUCUUGUAACCUAAAACCAUGUCUAAGGAUAAAGUGGAAAAUCUAGGGGAUCUUCUUCCUCUCUACUAUCAACGGCUGUUUCCAUUCCAAUAUUAUUACAAGUGGCUGAGUUACAAUAAUCCCGACUUGUUUUCACGUAGAGAGUUUUCUUUCACUGUGAAAGACGAUGUUUACAUACGAUAUCGGUCAUUUGCCACUCAAGAAGAACUACAGCUUGAAUGCAAACGUCUAGUACCAUUCAAAAUUGAUAUCGGCGCAAUCUACAAUGUCUGUCCAAAGGAUGAAAAAAAAUAUUCCAAUUUCACAGCUGUUGAGAGAGAGCUGAUUUUUGAUAUAGACAUGUCAGAUUAUGACGAUGUUAGAACAUGCUGUACAGGGGCAGAUUUAUGCCUUAAAUGCUGGAAGUUUAUGGCAGUUGCUUGCCAAAUCCUAGAUUUAGCACUACAAGAGGACUUUGGGUUCCAUCAAUUACUCUGGGUAUUUUCUGGAAGAAGAGGAAUACAUUGUUGGGUAUGCGAUGAGUCAGCACGAAAAUUAAGUUCUAUGGUUCGUAGUAGUAUCGCUGAAUAUUUACAACUCAUAAUUGGAGGAGAACUGACAGCGAAAAAAGUCAAUUUUCCUGGGCAUACGCUACAUCAUUCUAUCCGGCGUGCAGUAAAUAUUAUAGAACCACUGUUUGUACCUAUGUGUGUUGAAGAACAAGACAUGUUAGGCACUGAGAAAGCAAUCGCUAAGUUCCUACCAUUGAUCUUGGAUGAUGGAAUGAGAACGCACGUCAAAACACUAUUCAAAUCAUAUCAAACUAGUGUAGAACGCUGGGCAGCUUUCAAGUCUUACUAUGAGUCAGAGCAGCAUUCGGGUAAAAGACGUCGCCAGCAAAAUCUUCUAGCUGAGAUAAUGAUACAAUAUGCAUAUCCCAGAUUGGAUAUCAAUGUUACUAAAGGAAUAAAUCAUCUAUUAAAAUCUCCGUUUUGUGUUCACCCGAAAUCGGGAAAAGUCAGCGUGCCAUUCAACCCUAAAGCAGUUGAUAAAUUCAAUCCCCUGGCUGUGCCAACAAUAAAUUUGUUAAUCGAGGAAAUCAAUGUUUACGAUUCAAAAGAAAACACCAUAUUGAAAGGACAGAUCACGCAAAAAAUUAAAGAUUAUAAAAAAACUAGCUUGAACAAGUCAAUUCAUAUUUUUCGUGAAUUCUUGAGGAACUUAGAGUACACGUAUAAAGGCCAGAAAAUCGUGAAUAGUGACAUCUUGAUGGAAUUUUAGUUUCGGCAAGAAUGAGAAUACUUUCUGAUGACCGACUAAAACUCUGUUCUCAGUUGCAUUCAUACAGAUGUUCUUAAACUUAGUGAAAUAUUAUAUAUUAAUUAAAUCGUAAAUAAAACUUUAUACUUACUACAAAAGAUAUUGGAUUGAUAGAAUGUCAAGUAAUUAUUAUUGUAUCAUACGUAAAUAAACAAAACAAGUAUUCUUUUAAAAAAAAA